AUGCAACCCGAAAUUGGGGUCAUGUCGGUCAAGCCAGGACUUUCCAACCUUCCAAUUGCUGCGUAUCAUACGGAUACCAAACUCAAGGCCUCGACGCUUGCUUUCAAGGCAACGGCACAGCCUGCAGAGGGAACGAACAAGUGCUACGUGACUAUGCAUAAGCAAAUCACUUCUUACUCGUCCAGGGAGUGCGCUGCAUCCUUCAUGACGCAGCGCAAAUUUUGGAGAAAGGUCUUGAUAUCUCGUGACAGCGGCAUGUGA